AUGGUGCAGCAACGGCGCGCCCGCCCUAGCCACAGUGGCACAGUCGUCGGUGCACACUUCUCGGACUUUGACUACUCUGACACAAGCCCGUCGCCGCAUUACACACAGCCACGGACAACUGUGGAUGCCAGUCUCAGCCUGUUGCACCUGGCUCGGCUUCCCCUAUUGCCCUACCCACAACCCGUUUGUGAUGCCCCAGGGAUCAGGCUGCCAUGUGUCGGGUCCAGCCUGUCCCUUGCUGUCCCCGCCGCCGGUUCUCGACUCUCCGCCAACUCUCUCCCCCAUUGCUCGGAAAUGAGGGCCACCGCGCCCAGUUUCCACUCCGUUUCCGGUCGCCGUCUCCAAGAACCUCGUCCUCACUGGCUAGCCCGCCGCGGCGCUAUGCUCUCUUGUCCCGCUCCCGACCUGUGCAAAAUAAAUGAGGCAAUAUUGCAGAUGAGCAACACGAGCAAUUCGAUAUUCUGGCCUGCCCAUCAUAUCGCUGCUGUUUGCCCCACGUCGCUAAACAGCAGCAUUGAGUAG